AAAGGGUUGAGGUGAUUCUUCCAUCUGCACUCAAAGUCAUUCUUGCUCUUCAGCGGUUUUAAAAGCACUAACUGUAGUCACUCCUUUUCAAAAUGGCCGUGGCUGCUGCGUCGGCGUCCUUCAGUCUGACAUGUCCCUCCGGCUAUGCCCCCAUCACCUCCACAAUCACGACGUCCUGGACAACGUCCAACUUUCCCAUCGCAUCUACAUCGUCACAAAGCCUGUCUCUGUCAUCAACAUCGUAUAGCAACAACAAUGGAAGCGUGACAUCAAGCUUGUCAUCGAGGUCUUCCUUGUCUUCGACGUCCUCUAGCAGCAGCACUACCACUACAACGCCGACCCCAACUCCUGUUGACGAUGGUACAAUACAGUGGAUCCCGUGUGCUGUCGACCUGGAGCCAAACCUUCAGUGUGGAACUCUGAGUGUGCCGCUAGACUGGAUCAAUCCUUCUGGACAGAAUAUUAGCCUGCCCAUGGUGCGGGUGCCCGCGAAGAGCGCAACACCUCGUAAUCAGACGAUCAUCUAUAACCCCGGUGGCCCAGGUGCGAGCGGCAUCUCACAGUUCGUAGUGGGGCAAGGAUCUCGUUUGCAGACGCUUGUUGGCGAUGAUUGGGACUUGGUCACCUUCGAUCCUCGUGGUGUUGCCUUGAAUAUGGCGUACAGCUGCCCGGGUGUCAAUUCAACUAUCAUCGCCGAAACAGAUGACAGUCUGACCGAGGAGGAUGGUGAUGACCUGGUACCCGACAACGACUUCAACGUGCCUGUUCUGGACGACCCCAACGGCGUAGUGCCAUUCUCCAACGCGUACUGGAACGACGGUUACAACAGCUUGGUAGCACAAGGUCAGAAGUGUGCAGAGCCUACGUACCAUACUGCGGGAGAGCUCAUUGGCACUACAUUCGUGGCGCGUGAUAUCCAAGCCAUGGCUGAGGCAUUCGGCCAAGAUGGUUAUAUCAGAUACUGGGGCUUUUCCUAUGGUACCUUGCUGGGUGCCACCGUUGCCGCCAUGUUUCCUGACCAAGUUGACCGAGUCGUCCUUGACGGCAACAUCAACCCGACCGACUACUAUUACGGGCUGGGUGACGAGGCUGUGAGCGACUACGAUGCAGGUCUAGAAAAGUUUCUCGACUUCUGCGCACAGGCGGGUCCUACGCAGUGCCCCUUGGCUCAUGACGACUUGACCGGCAGCGAACUGCUCGACGAGCAAUGGUCCUUCUACAACGACCUGUUGGAGGAAAAGGUCACAGCAUAUACCGCAGAAGGAGAUCAGCUUAAGUACGACGAUCUUCAAGGCCUCAUGAAAGAGGUCAUCUUCUCUGGGCCCUCCGGAUGGGGCGAAUACCUUGACAUGUGGGCCUACGGAUACCAUAACCGCACGGCCGUAUCGGCUGCCAGACGUCGCGCGACCCCACCGUUCGACCCGUUAGACGCAAUCCGGUCUGAGAUCAAAGUGUCGCCAAGUUCGAGGAGUGGCGAGCUCUCUACAAUGACAGGAGCCAGUAUGGCGGGGAUACGCUGACCGCGAUUCUCUUUGCCUGCGCUACCUGGCAGGUAAGUGCCAAAGAGGGACCCCCAAGCUUCGAAGGGAUCGUCACGAAGACGCCUAUUCUUUUCGUUGAGAACUUCUACGAUCCUGUAACUCCGUCAGAAUCAGCUCGCAAUUCCAGUGCUGGCUUCGUUGGCAGUGC